AGUUUAAAUGGCAGAUGGACGACUGACCUAGUUUAAAUGGUAGAUGGACGGCUGACCUAGUUUAAAUGGUAGAUGGACGGCUGACCUAGUUUAAAUGGCAGAUGGACGACUGACCUAGUUUAAAUGGUAGAUGGACGACUGACCUAGUUUAAAUGGCAGAUGGACGGCUGACCUAGUUUAAAUGGCAGAUGGACGGCUGACCUAGUUUAAAUGGCAAGAUGGACGGCUGACCUAGUUUAAAUGGCAGAUGGACGGCUGACCUAGUUUAAAUGGCAGAUGGACGGCUGACCUAGUUUAAAUGGCAAGAUGGACGGCUGACCUAGUUUAAAUGGCAGAUGGACGGCUGACCUAGUUUAAAUGGCAGAUGGACGGCUGACCUUAGAACUAUUUAAAAUACAUAGAGGGCAGUCAGUCAUUAGAGGGCAGUCAGUCAUUAGAGGGCAGUCAGUCAUUAGAGGGCAGUCAGUCAUUAGAGGGCAGUCAGUCAUUAGAGGGCAGUCAGUCAUUAGAGGGCAGUCAGUCAUUAGAGGACAGUCAGUCAUUAGAGGACAGUCAGUCAUUAAUUUCAGUACAGUGUUUGAUGAAAUAUAACUGUACAUCUUUAGCACCCACAAAUGUCCUCAGAGGUGGUGUCUGAAGUGCAGGUGUCUCUGAAGGAACUUCCCAUGGACAGCUGGAUGGAUCACCUGCCCUGUGCUCUAUGGGACGUUCCCCUGAGGAACCUAGCUAUACCAGGAAGCCAUAAUGCCAUAACCUACUGUCUGGAUAGGAGUGACCGCUCCCCUGUCGACCUGACCCAACCUGAUUUGCUGCAGAAGCUAGACAAAUACAUGAAGCCCCUGAUACGACCGUUUGUUUAUAAAUGGGCAGUUACACAGGAGGCGACAGUGAAGGAGCAGCUAGACUGUGGGGUCAGAUAUCUUGACCUGAGGAUCGCACAUCGACCCAACGACACCUCUACUGACCUGUACUUCUACCAUGGAGUGUACACUACACUCACUGUAGAGACCGUUCUUCAGGAGAUCAGAUCCUGGCUAGAUGUCCAUUCUAGAGAGGUGGUUCUGCUGUCCUUCAGUCACUUCCUGGGUCUGAACCAGGACCUCCACACUGGACUUAUAUCCACCAUCAGAACCAUCUUCAACGCCAGGCUCUGUCCAACUACGGAAGUGGUGACGCUGAGGAACCUGUGGUCGUUGGGUUACCAGGUGAUUGUCUCCUAUGAGCACAGCAUGGUCAGCCUCUAUAGUGACCUUUGGCCUCACAUCCCCUACUGGUGGGCCAACAAGUGUAAAGCCGAGGCUCUGAUCGAGGAGUUCGAACACAGGAAACAACAUGGCCGCCCAGGAGGGUUCUUUGUGACGGGCAUCAACCUGACAGAGGAUCUGAAGUACAUCUGUUCUCACCCCACUGAGUCUCUGAAGGACCUGGUGAUGUCUACCUACCCUGCCCUGCUCUCCUGGGUCAGGGGCCAGAGCCCCGGGUCCGAGUCCCACUCCCUCAACAUCAUAGCUGGGGACUUUGUCUCAGAGAGCCACUUCGUACCCACCGUCAUCGCACUGAAUCAACAUUUAGUCCACUGCACUGGUCCUUGUGAUGUUAGCAGAGGAAACUGACCCAUCUGCUGUGUCCCAAAUGACACCAUAUUACCUCUGUAGCCCAUAGGCCUCUGGUCAAAGUCGUGUGUGUGUAGGGAAUAGGGUGCCAUUUGGGAUGCAUUAUCUGACACAUCUUAUUGCACAGAAUACCAUGUUUUAACUAUGCUGUAGAAGAGGAUGGGACUGCAGCAUGAUACCAUGUUUUAACUAUGCUGUAGAAGAGGAUGGGACUGCAGCACGAUACCAUGUUUUAACUAUGCUGUAGAAGAGGAUGGGACUGCAGCACGAUACCAUGUUUUAACUAUGCUGUAGAAGAGGAUGGGACUGCAGCAUGAUACCAUGUUUUAACUAUGCUGUAGAAGAGGAUGGGACUGCAGCAUGAUACCAUGUUUUAACUAUGCUGUAGAAGAGGAUGGGACUGCAGCAUGAUACCAUGUUUUAACUAUGCUGUAGAAGAGGAUGGGACUGCAGCAUGAUACCAUGUUUUAACUAUGCUGUAGAAGAGGAUGGGACUGCAGCAUGAUACCAUGUUUUAACUAUGCUGUAGAAGAGGAUGGGACUGCAGCAUGAUACCAUGUUUUAACUAUGCUGUAGAAGAGGAUGGGACUGCAGCAUGAUACCAUGUUUUAACUAUGCUGUAGAAGAGGAUGGGACUGCAGCAUGAUACCAUGUUUUAACUAUGCUGUAGAAGACAAUGGGACUGCAGCAUGAUACCAUGUUUUAACUAUGCUGUAGAAGAGGAUGGGACUGCAGCAUGAUGUAAUAGAACUUUGCUUGUAAAAAAAAACUUGAACAAUACAUUCUCAUAGGAUAUAUUUGCACAAUUAUAUUGACGACAGUGAAAUGUUUGCCUGUUGAGCUCCUCUCUUCUCUUCCUGUGUUGACCUGCUCUCUUUUUCCCCCUGAUCUGCACUGAUUUAUUUAUCUGUUUACUUUGGACUUUUGUUAUCUUGUUUACUAGCCCUAACCCUAACCUUCUAACCCUCUAUCCCUAACCCUCCUCUAACCUUCUAACCCUCUAUCCCUAACCCUCCUCUAACCUUCUAACCCUCUAUCCCUAACCCUCCUCUAACCUUC